AGCCGCGAUGGAUGACAUCUUCACACAGUGCCGAGAGGGCAACGCGGUGGCCGUGCGCCUCUGGCUGGACAACACCGAGAAUGACCUCAACCAGGGGGAUGACCACGGCUUCAGCCCCUUGCACUGGGCCUGCCGCGAGGGCCGCUCCAACGUGGUUGACAUGCUCAUCAUGCGGGGAGCGCGCAUCAACGUCAUGAACCGCGGUGAUGACACCCCGCUGCACCUGGCUGCCAGCCACGGCCACCGUGACAUCGUGCAGAAGCUGAUCCAGUUCAAAGCAGACAUCAAUGCCGUGAACGAGCAUGGGAACACGCCUCUGCACUACGCCUGCUUCUGGGGCCAUGACCAGGUGGCGGAGGACCUUGUGGGCAACGGGGCCUUGGUCAGCAUUGCUAACAAAUACGGUGAGACGCCCAUUGACAAAGCCAAGACACCCCUGCGAGAGGUCUUGAAAGAGCGUGCGGAGAAGCUGGGCCAGAGCCUCACCAAGAUCCCCUACAAGGAUACCUUCUGGAAGGGCACGACCCGCACGCGUCCCAGAAAUGGGACUCUCAACAAACUUGCUGGAAUAGACUUUAAACAGCUGAGCUUGAGCCAAAAACUCAAUGAGAACCAGUCAGGAGAGCUGUGGAAGGGGCGCUGGCAAGACUUUGUAGUGGACCAGAUGCAGGCAGUGAAAUUCGCCUUUGACAUUGCCCGGGGAAUGGCCUUCCUGCACACGCUGGAGCCCCUCAUUCCACGCCACCACCUCAACAGCCGCAGCAUCAUGAUCGACGAGGACAUGACGGCACGGAUCAGCAUGGCUGACGUGAAGUUCUCCUUCCAGUGCCCAGGGAGGAUGUACGCGCCAGCCUGGGUGGCACCAGAAGCCUUGCAGAAGAAGCCAGAGGAAAUCAACAGGCGCUCAGCUGACAUGUGGAGCUUUGCAGUGCUGCUGUGGGAGCUGGUGACCCGUGAGGUGCCCUUCGCAGACCUGUCCAACAUGGAGAUAGGCAUGAAGGUGGCACUGGAGGGCCUACGUCCAACCAUCCCACCCGGCAUAUCCCCACACAUCUGCAAGCUGAUGAAGAUCUGCAUGAACGAGGACCCGGCCAAGCGCCCCAAGUUCGACAUGAUCGUGCCCAUCCUGGAAAAGAUGCAGGAGAAGUAG